ACCAGUCAUAACACCAACCCAACUCCUCUCUGCAGUCUGCCUCCAGUCUCAGCUCCAUCGUUGCUAAGAUGAAGACUCUGAUCGCUCUCACUGCUCUGGUGCUGAUCGUUGCUGUUAAUGCUCAGAAUCCCCUUAAGAGUGAAUGCUGUCAGAGGUACUACCCCAACUCACUCCCAGAACGCUGGGUGAAGUCCUAUGCCCCAGUCCCCGCUAGAUGUAGCCUGGACGCUUAUGUGAUUACAACGGUGAAAAAUGCCCGGUUCUGCGUCAACCCAAAGCUUAGAUGGGUGAAGAUGAUUGUGGCCAAGUUGACGAAGCCCAAAAAUAAACCCAGAAGGCAAUAAUGUGAUGGACACCAAUUCUCCGACUGAUCAUCAACUGUGAUUGAACUGUGAGCUGUGAUGAAACUGUGUGCUCCCCAUGGUGCUGCUUUUGCACUCAUAAAAAUAAAAUUUCAUUUACCAUGAACAUGA